AUGACUGGAAGAAACGACGAUGCAAUUGUUGCUGCCUUGGAGGUUGUUGCUCAGGCCAUGCAGAACCAACCUAAUGCUGGAGUGAUGGACGAGUCGCGUAGCUUGAAUGAAGCUCAAGCGUGGCUUAAGGAGAUGGAGAGGAUCUUCCAAGUGAUGGAUUGUUCUACAGCGCAGAAGGUACUUUAUGGUACUCAUAUGCUGGCUGGAGAAGUUAAUGAUUGGUGGGUUGGCACUCUUCAAAGAUUGAAGGCUAUUGGUGAACGAGGAGACGUUGAGUUUUCAAAGUGUAUCGAAUUUGAGAAUGGGCUGCAUCCGAAGAUUAAAUGGGCGAUUGGGUAUCAGCAAAUCCGUAUGUUCACAGAAUUGGUGAACAUGUGUCUCAUUUAUGAAGGGGACAGCCUUGCUCAUUCGGCUUAUUACAAGAGUCUGGACGAGAAGGGGAGAAAAUCGCAUCAUGAUUGUAAGAAGCCUUAUGAUGCUCCUACUGACAAAUGGAAGCAGGAAGUUGCUAAUGGGAAGAAGCCAAGUGGGGGAGGAGCUCCUGCUACUGUCCGGUGUUAUAGGUGUGGUGAACAAGGUCACCGUUUCAAUGAGUGUGAGAAUAAGACGUUGAGAUGUUACCAAUGUGGUAAAACCGAUCAUCGUGUUCUUGACUGCAAGGACGAUGGUCCGACUUGUUUUAAAUAUGGUGAAUAG